AUGUAUACAUAUGAAAGAAAAAGAAGUGAUUACGGCAAACAAUGUCGAUUCCACAACCACGGACCUAUAGUGUUGAUAAAUAUGACGCCAGACCCCAGCCUGGAGAAAAAUUGGAUACAAAAGAAUCCGGUUGACAAGACUACCAACGAAACCAACAAGUGGUCGGAGCAUGACGCCAAUACGAUACGAGUGGAGUAUUUUGAUCACGGAAUCGCACAUAGRGAAGGAGGGUGGCCUGUUGAUGUACACCUGGACGAUCCCGAACAAGUAACCAGAUUUCGGAGGAAAACGGAAAAAGAAAAAUUGUAUUUACAAUCGGUUAAGAAAAUGUCAAUUCUCACCGAACACUUCAUAAAACAAAAUAAUUCAAUAGAUAUAUUUCAACCGUACUUUACCGAUCCAAAAUGUCAAGAAUUCCAAACACUAGUUCCGUCUUAUCAAACAGUGGCGAUUAUCGUAGACCCCUGUGUACCAAAAAGACCGAUUCAAAACAUAUCUUGGUCAUCGGAACAGGGCUCAUUGUUAGCGAUUAGCUUUGCAGACUUGAAAUUCCAGAUGGCCAAUUUAAAUAACAGUUCUAACUCCUACGUAUUUGACUUUGUUAAAUUAUCAAUGUUUGAGAGGGAAACUAAGCGAGAAAAAUUGAUAGAAGCUAAGAUCCGUGAAAAUAAAACUAAAAUGCAUUCAAAAUUGCCAAAUAAAGUCGAUAAUUUCAAUGAAAAAGCUGAAUUAGCGAUCAAAGAAUGUGAAAAAGAAAUAGCGGAAGUCGUUGAUAGGCUGUGCCACAAUUCGGUUAAUGAAAUGACUGAGGACCUAUGA